AUGUAUGUGAAAUGGUUUGAUACAGUAAUGGAAUACUAUCAGAUUUUAGUGUAUUUAGUGAAUGUCACUUUUUAAAAUUUUUAAAUUUCCCGCCAGUUCUGUCCCCCGUACGUCCCGACGUCGCAGGGAACGGAACCCAGAAGACAGAUGCCGGAAUCGGCCGGAGGAGAUUGCCGGGGACACUGCAGGGGGGACAUCGCGGGAGCGCAGGAAAAGGUAAGUGCAAGAGGGAUCCCGAAGCAGCGCUGCAGUGUAUUCCCGAGUGUAGCUCGGGUUACCGCUUGUGGUACUGAAACUUUACCCCGAGCUACACUCGGGAAUACCGCCAGGGAGGUUAAA